AUGUUGAUUAGCCUGGUGCAGUUGCUCAUUCAGAUGGUGGCUAAGCUUUCGAAUGCGAGUGAGAUCCAGAGCAUCGUUGCGCAGGCUGAUGCUACUGUGCAGGGCCUCAGUGCUUCCACUCAGGGGGGGGCGGAGAAUGUGCGGCAAGUGCGUGUUGAAGAGCCGGAGGGUGAGUGGACUCAGGUGAGGAAAAAGAAGCGGGGGAAAGGCAAAGGAGAUGAUACUGCGCAGUCAGCCCCCUUAGCUGAUGCUGCGCCUCGAAAUGGCAAGAAGGGCGGGAAGGAGAAGCCUGAGAAAGUUGGCAAAGCGCGUCCUUGCGAUGCAGCCAAUGGUCCUCGCUCAGAGGGCAAGAAGGGUCAGGGCAAGGGUGAAGGGGUGGGUGAGCGCAGGGCGUUUGAGCGCCCUGAGCUCAAGCAUGAUGAGUGGGAGCUUCGGCAGGAGGACUGGCAUGCUACGCUAGUUACCUCGGAGCAGCUCGAGGAUUACAACAAGGCGGGUGAAUCGCUACUUGUCUUGGCAAAAAACCGUGAGGAGGCUGAGGUCCUCCAGGUUUUGGCCAGUGGGCGCAGCUUCAAGAGCUCGCUGCUUGUGGUCUAUCGCCAUGAUGAAGGCUCUCUGUCGAUGCCAUUUUGGCAGAAGGGGCGUGCGGCUUUGCAUCGCGUUGCGAUCUUGAAGUUCCAGGUCAAUGGUGUUGCGUUGGCCACCCUCAAGGGUGAGAGGAAGGUCGUCAGUAUUAAGGCGGUCCCCACCACGGUGCUGCGCCUUGCGCUGAUUCAACAGCUUGCGUCAGCGGCUGACUGGGCUGCUGCCACCAAGAACCUUAGGAGCUUUGCCAUGACCAGGGCUGCUGCGGUCAAAGACCUCUGGGGUGGAGCUGUGGAGCAGAAGCGCGGAGCCACUUUAGUGGCAUUGGUGCGUGUGCCUGACGACCAAGUUCAGGCACUCUUGCAGAAGAGUGGCGUUGGCGGUCUUUUCUGGGAGCCUUUGCAGCGCAGUGUUGCGGGGGUCAACUUGGGCGUGCGAUGGAUUGAUGCCAAUGAAGGGGAGAACGAGGUUGACUACUUCCAGCGAUGCUUGCUCAUGAAGCCGGCCUGGGGCUUGGUGGCUGGUCGCAAGCAAAUUGGCAUACGAGUUGACCGCUCAACGGAACUUGUCAUCAGAUCGUGGAGACUCCCCAACCUGCCGCACGAGUGGACGCAGGAUGACGUGAUGAAGGUGGUUCAGGAAGCUGGGCUUGAGCAGGUUACCGUCACUGGUCGUCUUACCAGAAAAGGCACCGCCACCUGGUUCGUGCGUGGGGCGGCCUCGCUGGAUGUACUAGCCAUUCCCGUUGAGCAGGGUUCUCCGCCAAAGCAGACGUUGUACUACUUGCUUCCGGCUACUCCGAGUGCGAGGGGGCCGUCUGCGAGACAGCCGCUGCCGCGGCAAACGCCUGUUGCGGUUGAGACCAACCAGUUCAAAGUGGUGCAGAAGCCGCUGGCUGGUGAGCAGGAGACUGGCGAGGGCAGACCUGAGGGUGAUGCCAAACGUCAAGCGAUUGGUUUGAGAGAGGUGCCUGAUGGCACUAAGCUCAUUCAGAUCCAGCGUGAUGGCAAUUGCUUGCCAGGAUGUGUGGCCCAAGCUGUGGCGUGGCACAAGAAUGCCAGCCGACCGAUGCCCACGAGCCGCAUGAGAGCUGAGGUUGUAGCCUACAUGAGGAGGAAGCAAGCGCAUUUUGCUCCCUUCUGGGAUAAGAGAGAUACGAAUGAUGAUGAAGGAGGCGUGCCUGACUUUGAGUCCUACCUGAAAGAGGCUGCAAUGGAAGGAAAGUACUGGGGCCAUCUGGAGAUUAUGGCAGCUGCCGAUCUCUUCAGCUUGGCGGUGUACAUCAUUCCUGCAGAGGCCUCCUUGACGCCGACUAAGGUUGGAACUGGCAAUUUUCCUGUUGCUCUCUCCUUUGAGCGUGGCACGGGGAAGAUCGGCCACUAUGACUUGCUGGUGCCUGCCCUCGAUGGUGGGCCCUUGCCAGCGGUGAUCACGAACAUCCAGGAGAUCGGUGACACUAAGGGCGGUCGAGGUGGAGGAGUCCGGGACCGCCCGAAUGACACUGCUGAGGGCUCUGAUGCGGCGUGGACCGUGUAUACUCGCAAUGCUGAAGGAUUUCAUGUGCCGGUUGGAAGAGUAAGCGGCGCUGUUGUUCCUCCGCCUGCGCCCGUGAGGCCAUCGGCGAGCGCGGCUGGGGACGGCAGCAGCCGAAGGGGCGCACCGAGCGCUGCCACUGGUGGCGCAGCAAGCUGUUCGCUGGUUGCAGCUUUUGCACGGGGAGCGAGGAGGUGUGAGCUUUCGCGAGACAGCUCCAGGUGCAGCAAUGACGCUGAGGAUGAUGUGGCGGUUUUGGCUGAUGUGGAGGGCAUUGAUACGGAGCCUGCCGAACCGAAGCGAAGGAAGAAGCGCAAAAUCUGGGAGUGGACAUGUCCUGUCCCUGACUGUGGCUUCACGUGCGGAGGCUCCUUUUGGUCUUUCCGCAAGAACAAGCACAUUCGAGCGUGGCAUCCUGAGCGCAUGAAGGAGCUCAAUCUUCGUGGCGUCAUAGAUGAGCCGAUCGAGGUGCGUGAUGACGCUGUUGUCACUUGGAGGUGCCCUGUGUGCCUCAAGGCUUUCCCCGCAGAGUGGAACUUGACUGGGGACAAGCUGCGGCAGUGGAAGCUCGCGCAUGGAGCACGGGCGCAUCCUGAGGAGAACAUCGCCAUCUUCAAGAGGAGAGUCGCUCGGCCCUGCAAUGCGCCCAAGGCCACCCAAGCCGUGCGAGCGAAAGGGGUCUCGUCGCGGCUUUCUCAGAUCAAGCGUGGCAUUGGUGGACACAGUGGACUCUUCACGAUUGAUGUGCCAGCAACACAGCCUGGGCGGCGUAGCGCCGCGUAUUUUGUUUGCCGCCAUUGUAAGUGCCUCGCGCAUACUGCCAAGCUCCUGGCCAAGAUGCCCUGUGAGGCGGUCGUGGGCAUGUCGCAGCAGCGCCAGGCCUUGAUUCAGCGACUGGCCAAGCAGAAAGAAGAUGCGACGCUGGAUGAGCGACUUCGAAGUGGUGCGGCUGAGCUUGUCAACUUCCUCACUGCUGGAGCGGGCGAGGGUGAGGCCUCGAAGCAGCACAUCGCCCGAGAUCAUGAGCUCGAGGCCAUCCCAUGGCCGAUGGAGGACAAGUCUUUUGAAGUGCGCUUUGUGUGUGUUGCCUGCCGCCGGUUGGCAGGCAACGAGCGGGGCUUUCCCAAGGGCACUUGCAAGGGCGAGAAGGCUUUCGCGAAGUAUCGCCAGCGAUGGCUUCGGGAGCUGGAGCCCUGGCUGAAGGAUGAUGGGCCUCGCGGGCGUGCUGCGCGGCAGGCCAAGUCCAAGCUUGGCAUCUUGGAUGAGCCGAGUCCGCCUGAGCUUCCCCGAGGACUGAUUGGUGGCGGCGAGGAGCGAGCAGCAUGA